GGGAAGGCACUACCACUAGCGCUACAUGCGCAGUUUGUCUCUCUGCCAGCUCUGCUUCUUCAACCUCCGCCAUUCCAUUCCAUUAUUGCUCUUCUUUUUCUCUCUCUAAAAGCUUGCUGUCACAUCUUCCCAACUCCAUCCUCUUCCUUCCUUCCUUCCUUCCACUAUUUCGAUAAUCGAACCCCCAAAUCCCUAGAAGAAAUCAGGAGAAACAGAGAGGGACAAACGCGCACAAUUGAAGCCUAGGCAAUGUCGUCGUCGGACGAUGAAGGAGGUGAGGAGUAUCUCUUCAAGAUCGUCAUCAUUGGAGACUCGGCGGUUGGUAAAUCCAAUUUGUUGUCUCGUUAUGCUAGAAACGAGUUCAAUCUCCAUUCCAAGGCCACCAUCGGCGUUGAAUUCCAGACUCAGGUUAUGGAUAUUGACGGCAAAGAGGUUAAGGCUCAGAUUUGGGAUACUGCCGGCCAGGAACGGUUUCGCGCCGUCACCUCUGCCUAUUACCGCGGCGCCGUCGGUGCUCUCAUCGUUUACGAUAUUAGCCGCCGUUCCACUUUCGAUAGUGUUGGCCGAUGGCUCGACGAGCUCAAGACUCAUUCCGAUACCACAGUGGCCAGGAUGCUAGUUGGAAACAAAUGCGACUUGGAGAACAUUAGGGACGUGACUGUCGAGGAAGGCACGAGUCUUGCAGAAGCCGAAGGGUUCUUCUUCAUGGAAACGUCUGCUUUAGACUCGACGAAUGUUAAAAAGGCUUUCGAGAUCGUGAUCCGAGAAAUAUACAACAAUGUGAGCAGGAAGGUCCUGAACUCAGAUACCUACAAAGCAGAAUUAUCGGUCAACCGGGUGAGCCUCGUCAAGGACGGUGGAUUGAAGCAAUCAGAAAGCUAUUUGUCUUGCUGUUCCAGGUGAUCUUCAUCUCUUCACGUUGGGUUCUGCUUAGUUUCUUCUGUCUUGUUUUGCUGGUGUGGUGAUUCAAAUUGGUUGUUUUUCUAUGUUUGUUUCCUUAUUAUAGCUUCUCAAAAAGCUCCUCCAAUGCAAUGUUAGACCGACCAUUUCCAUAUAUAGAAAUGAAAUGAUUUAUUUGAAUUUAAUUAAGACAAGAAGAAACAUUUUUGUAUUAAUUAUUAUUAUUUGAAGCAAAUAUGAACAGAUCAUUAAGUUUGUAAAGU